GAAGUAGAACACCCCCGGAGCCCCGGAAACGGGCGCGCGCGGGCGAGUUUCCGCCGCAACAGCGCAAUCAAGGGAGCCUCCCCACACCUGGAGUCCCGGGCGCGCAUGCGCCUCUAUGGUAUCGGCAGCCUAGAGGGACCGACCCCGAACUUCCGGGAAGAUGGCGGCGCGCAGGCCGGAGGACGCACGUGUUCGCGCGGAGAGGGCCCCGCGGUGACGGUCAGCGGCCACCGCGCCCCGGACGGUGGCGCUCGGAGGCCGGGCUCAGGAGUGAAGGACGACAACAACGUCACCUUCUGUGGUGAGGGCCUGCGGAUCGGGACUCCUCUCUCACCAUGAGCAUCACCCCAGAGGUCAAGAGUCGUGGGAUGAAGUUUGCUGAGGAGCAGCUGCUAAAGCAUGGAUGGACGCAAGGCAAAGGUCUGGGCCGGAAGGAGAAUGGCAUCACCCAGGCCCUCAAGGUGACACUGAAGCAGGACACUCACGGGGUGGGACAUGACCCUGCCAGGGAGUUCACAGACCACUGGUGGAGUGAGCUCUUCAACAAGACUGCGGCCAGCUUGGUUGUGGAAACUGGGCAGGAUGGAGUACGGAUAAGGCAUCUUUCUAAGGAGACCACCCGUCAUAAUCAUCCCAAGCCCAACAUGCUGUAUCAGAAGUUUGUGAAGACGGCCACACUGACUGCAGGUGGGGAGAAGCCAGACAAGGACUUGGAGAGCCACAGUGAUGACGACAACCAGGGGCCCAAGCCUCCAAAGAUCAGUCUGGCUGAUGAGAUGCUGCUUCGAGCCUGUGAGGGGCGCACGGCACACAAGGCUGCUCGUCUUGGGAUCACGAUGAAGGCCAAGCUUGCCCGGCUGGAGGCCCAGGAGCAGGCCUUCCUGGCUCGUCUGAAAGGACAGGACCCUGGGACCCCUCAAUUGCAGUCUGAGAGCAAGCUCCCCAAAAAAAAGAAAAAGAAAAGGAAGCAGAGAGAGGAGAGAAAGCCUGCAGCAACCACCGGGAGUGCAGAAGAGGAGUGCCCGGAAGAUGCGGGCCAGGCCGGCGGGAGAAGCAGGAAGAAGAAAAGACAGAAGCCAGAAGCAGUGGUGGCAGAUGAGUGGGAGGGAGCGGCUGUCGGGAACGCGGACGGAGAGGCCGCAGGAACGAGUGGAUCUGGAGAGUGGGAGAGCAGGGAGCAAGCUGACCCGCCCCGCAGGAAGAUGAAGAAGAGGCAGCACCGUGCAGAGGAGAUGGCGGUCCCAGACGGAGGGGCAGGAGGCCAGGAGGCUGCAGCCAGUGCGGGGACAGAGCAGGUGGAGAGUCAGGCAUGCGCUGAGCCCUGCCGCAGACACAAGAGGCGGCGGCAGCCGGAGGAGGGGGCCUUAAACACAGAAGUAGCAGUGGAGGGGGCUGCUGCAGAUGGUGGGGCCGGGGAAGCAGCAAGCAGGGCGCACCGUGAGGGGAAAAGCAAGAAAAGACGGAGGUCCCAGGAAGAGAAGGAUGUGAGGGGUGAAGGGGAUGAGGAGGGGGGCAGGACUAGGGGGGCAGAGAGCGGGGCGCACACUGGCUUAAGCAGCAGAGGUAGGAGGCAGCAGGAAAGAGCUGGAGUCAGCCCCGACCAGAGAGCAAGAAGGAAGAAACAAGAGAGCCUGAAGGUCAGGUCAAGGUAGGGCUCCACGGACUCCUUUUGAGGAGCUGAUGCUUGAGACCUGAGUUGACAGGGUCUCCUGCGCCCUCGCAGUGAGGAGCCCCUCCCAAGGAGGAAGCUGACCCCUGAACUCCAGCUGCGCAGAGUUGGGUGCAGACGGUGUGGACAGAGAGCGAGGGUUCAGGUGCCCAUGGGAGCCAGGCAGUGGCAGGAUGCAGACACCCUCUGGAGGGACACGCCACCUGCAAACGUGGCCGGUGUGAGGUGGCAUCCAGCCCACAGGCCACCAGCCCCAGCCUUAGAGUCAACGAUUCAACAUCAGCUCGGGCUCCCAGCCUGUGUGUAAGUCCUGACUGGCAUCUCCACUCCCGGCCUGGGAACAUCCCAAAUACAACUUAGUUUCCUUGGA